AUCAAUAUUACGGAGAGUUUAACAAAGAUUUAUUACUGGCAUAUCGUAAACAAGGAAGGAUUCCUUUACAAUGGAGAAACACCCAGGGUAACAUAUCAAAUUAACCUUAAGCGGCCUUGAAACUUAACUGGUAAAUGUACUUUGUUCUAUGGCUGGCUCGGUAGCUUUAAAUUAAAUAUAAAUUCAGACAGCGAAAAAUCAUCACACAUUGCUUAUAAAGAUAUCACGCGUGAUUGGAUGGUAAAUUUUUGGAGGGCUUAAUGCACAAUUUUGAAAUAUAAUCAGUCAUCAAGGUAAGAAAUAAAUACUAUAACAUGGAGUAGUCAUAAGAUGGGAACAGUCGUUAACACCAACGUAUGCAAGGCACUCACAGACGUAAACCUCAGAGCGAUCUUGUACAGUAUAUCAAGUACUACCACAAGAAAGUAAGUUGAGUGCUGAUUAAUUAAAAUAUGAGGGCUAUCGUGUAAAAUACCAAGUGGUACCAAAACACGUUCAAUACGUUUUUUUUUUAUUUUCUUAAACCUAGGGCAUAAGAAAUAGUGUGAUUAUUGUUGCCUAACAUUUAAUAUUUGUGAAAUUACCUGAUUACAGCUCGUCGAAAGAGGUCCCUAUGUUUACACAACACUUUCAAGGAAGAUUGAUGUUACCUUCGAUCCGUCCGGAGAGGUGACCUAUAAAACUUUCCACCAACAGAAAUUCAACAAAAAGAUGACAGCAAAGCUAUGCGCAACGUGUCAAGAAAACGACAAGGUAAGAAAUAAAAUGUAGUAAAAUUCUUAGGUUUAUAGUUACAAAACGCACUUUGGUGGUGAAAUUUACUGGUCUGAGGAGCACAUGCACACGAGGUAUUGUUUGUAAAAAGAACACUGAGUAAAAAAAAUCGACAAAAAUGUUUCAUCGAUUCUUAUAUACCGUGGAAAUGAUGUCAACAUUUUAAACACAUUGCAAUGAAACUGCUGAUUAGAUUUGACGUCAUUUGACGUCGAAAGGGAAAGAGGCCAAUGAUCUCUGAAACCUUGAAGAGAUAUAUUUAUCAGCUAUCAAUGAGGAUCAAAUUGAUAAAUCGAAAUGGAUGGGUAGGAAAGUACUACUGGAAAUGAAUAAAGGGAUGAGAUUUAUUGAAGACCUAUGUUGUCUGAUGGAUGGAUGGAUAGAUGGAAGGACUCUUUGUGAAUGAACAGGUAAAAUGGAUGGAUGGGUGGAUUGAAAGUUGUGGAUAACUUUAUGAACAAAUGCCUUACCAUUAACAUUUUUCUUCUGUUUUUCGUUAGGUGAGCAUCGUUAACUUGGCCUACCUGGGUCUGAUCAACCAAGUUAAAACAGCAGACUCCUUUAGUCUAGUUUUUCUCCCAGUGGCAGUUGACAGUCUGUUGCGUGACAUGGAUUCGAAACUUGGACACCGAAACGCAACACUGAAACAACUUGGAAAAACCUCG